AUGUUCGAAAAGCGGGUUUCCUGGGUUUUUAGGGGUGUGGGUUGCAACUGCGACAUGCCUGCGUGGCGAGGAGCUACCGCAGUAUCAACUGUUCGAGCAAUAACCAGUCCGCGUGCAAGGGAGAACCUGAACCACGGCAGGGGUCCGAUCCCGAAGCAGUUUGGCCGGGGUUGGUCACGAAGCUUUAUCAAAUCUUCCAUCAGCGGGGACGAUGUCAGUGGGGACUGGACCAGUCGUGGGGUCACCGGAAGCAACUACUAUCCACCUCCACCAGCUGGAUACAGAUCUGCUGAUGAUUCGGUUGAUCAUCCCGGGGCAGUGGAAGGAGAAGAUUCAGAACUGGCCGGGCUCGAUGACGAGCUUUUCUUCGACAGAUCUUUCGCCGACGGCGAGGGUGAUCAGCCCGAUGUCGGAGAAAAUGCCAAGCGCGGACUCAACAAGAAAUGUGAAAGAACAUCGGCUGGGGGUUGGCGUCGGGAUCGUUACGUGGACGAAGACGACGACGGGGACUUCCGACCUGGGUCGCGAAAUGCGAGCAGGUCAUCCGGCGGCGGGUUCAACCGACCCACAAAUGCCCUGAGCACUUCCGGUGUGAAGGGCGUCGGCAUGAGUCGGGUUUGGCGUCGGGCCCUGGACUCUGUCUUUGACAACUCCGAUCGACGGCAACAUGGCAUGGGCUUCGUCUACCGCUACAUCGGGGGAUCUUGGAGGAAAAGUGGACGACGGGAACGAAGAACGCCAAGGGACGACAUGGACGACUACAGGCCGUACUUCACUUCCUGGGUCACUGCUGUUCAAAUCCUCAUCAUGAUUCUCUCAAUCAUCUGUUACGGGUUUGGGCCACUGGGCUUCACGAUAGUAGAGCAACGUGACCUGGUUCGCGUAACUAGUUUGGUGAAGCAAAGUGUGGACUACUGGGAGCCAGCGAACUUCUGGAUAGGUCCUCGAGCUAGGGAAAUCUAUUCUUUGGGCCCCUACUUUAGAUUUAUUCGAAGAAAAAUAAAUAGUGCGUUGCGUAACGAAUUGCUGGAAUAA